GCUGCAUGGUGGUGGGGUUGGCGUCUUUUUGUUGAUGGGAUCCAUGCAUGGAAGCUUCCAUUUCUCUCUUUUAUCAUACAGCUAUCUAGCUAGCUAGCUAGAGGUGGUGCCUGUCUAGCUAGAGAGCCAAGCUUGAUCCUUCGAUACAAGUAAAGUAAAAGGCACCUCCCAUAGUUUUCUCCAGAGGUAUCUAGAUUCCAUCACCUCCAGUACCUCCGUUACCUGCACUAUCAUACCACUGCACCAUCAUCUACCUUGAGUUGAGUUUGUUGUUGUCACCAUGAUCAAGUAUCCAUCGGGAGCCUUUGGCUUUCGGAUUCUCUUUCGAAUCCGAGGAUCUGCCGUGUUCAAGGCGUUCAUGCCUGGCUUGGUUUCCAGUAUCAUUUACGUAGUCUUGUUCCAUACCACCGAAUUGAACGAAGAUGAUGGACAGAUCAUGGACCAUCCUUACCCCAUGGGAGCUCUCAUUGCUGCCUUUACCUUUCUGCUAUCCUUUCGGGCCAAUUUUUCGUACAACCGAUACUGGGAAGCUUUCACUGCUGUACACGCCAUGCACAGCAAAUGGCUAGAUGUCGGCAUUGACUUGGCGGCCUUUCAUUUACAAGCUGCUCGCUACGACGGAAGCAAACCACCCUCCUUUGGAGCCAAUCCACAUCUCAGUAGUCUCGAAAUUGAACGAAAACGACACGAACCCACCAUGCAAGAAAUUGAACAUCAAGUAGACGAACGAAUCGAAAUGAGAGAAAAGGAACUCGAAGAUGCUCGUACAUCCAGGGCAUCGGGGAGCACAAGUCGAUUUUCACGCUGGUGGCGGCUGAGGCGGCGUCGACGACGAAACAACAGCAUGAGCAAUAGUAGUAAACCUCAGCAGCAGCAGCAAUCGACGACACCUCAUCAUCAUCAUCAAGUCGCCAACAAUGCACGGGCAUCCCUAGAAUUUCGAAUUGAGCACACCAAAAAGAAUAUCAAUGCACCACCGACCCACAAAACCAGCAAGAAGAAGAAAAAGAAGCAACCAAAGAAGGGACAUCGAAGAAUUGUAUCGACAGUGUCCGUGGCCAACGAAGGUGCCGCCAGAGUCAACAUUGAUGAAAAACCACUUUUUCUCCAAGAGGGAGCCCAUUUGCUCUCCCUAUUGUCCGCUGUGGCCAUGUCCACUUUGAGAAAUGACUUGGAAAAUGCCGAAAGUCCACUGAUACCCUUUACACCAGGCGCGCCAUUUCCAUGUGUCGACCCCGAUGGCGUCACGGCGGAUGUUCGGACAGAUUGGGUAUCGCCAGAUGAAGAGUUUUGGUUCCCGACGCUGCGGUAUCUGUUUGGGUUGUCUCGCAAUGAGAAAUCACGGAGUGUGUACAAUGCGGCACGGCCGUUUCGUGUCAUUGGUGGCGUGUCGGACAAUGAAAUCUUGCUUUUGCAGGCUGCUAGGGGGCCACAAGCCAAGGUGAAUCUGGUCAGCUUGUGGGUUCAAGAGUUCAUCGCCAGAGAGCAUCUGGCCGGGAGCACGGGGAAGGUUGCUCCUCCCAUCAUGUCACGACUCUUUCAGUAUGUCUCUGACGGAUGUCUCAACUACAAUCAAGCGCGCAAAAUUGCGUACAUUCCAUUUCCGUUCCCACAUGCGCAGAUUGUUGGUUUCUUUGUCAUGGUCAUUGUUGCCUUCGUUCCAAUCCUCAUGCUUUCUUUUGUGACGGGUGAACUGCUUGGAUUUUUCCUCAAUCUUUUGACGGUCAUGUGCUUUGCGGGGCUUCAUGAAGUCUCGCGGGAGCUGGAGAACCCCUUCCAAAACGCACCAAAUGACCUUCCAGCCAACAACCUGCACGCACAAUACAAUGAGGCACUCAUGGCUAUGUUUGCUGGAUAUCACCCAGACGCGUUUUGGGAAGUCAAAGAAGACACUGGUGUGGACGAUGAGUCUGAUCCACAGUUGCCGGUAGAAUCUAUUAAUCUGGGAGAAAUUGUUGCAGGUUUGCAAGACGGGGAAGCUCCACCACCGAUACAACCAAUGAACAUGGAAGAAUUUGUUGCUGGGAUGCAAGACGGGAAUGCUGACGAAGGGGACAGGUCAUAUCACAGGGGUCCCAGCGGCCUCGACGAUAGCUUUAUUGUGCUACCCAGCUGAGGUUGCCGCAUGAUGCUACAUGUACGAGGAACCGGUCCUGAGCUUCUUGGAAAUUUGAUCGUGCCAACAUAUGGGACGGCGCAAUCUGUAGUUUAGUCAGUGACCAUAAGGCUAGUUACUAAUGUAGUUGUUGCAAAGC